GCUCCGCCUCGCGAGACCCGGGGCCGGGCCGUGGCCGCAGACGAGCAGCAGGAAGGGAGCGGCCGCCGCGGAGGACGCCCGGCCGACUGUGUGCCGGCGGCCCUGCUCGGGUCCCGCGGCCUUGUCUCAGUACGGAGCCUGUCACAUUCCGGACCUGGCGGGGAAAGCUGCACCCACGGCCGGGCCCCCGACCCCUUCUGCCUUGGCCACUGGCCGUCCAUGGUACCGGCAAUGGCCUUCGCAUCGCCGGAUGCACUUGUGACUGAUCGGGACGUGGAAUAUUAAGAACCCAGUCGCUUCCGACCCCAUCCCAGUCGCGCCGGCAGUAACCACCUCGGCUCAGUUGGGCUUAACUGCUGCUCCGUUUGACUCUGUCCGACUUUGGGGGCACCAUGGACCAAAGUGGGAUGGAGAUUCCUGUGACCCUCAUCAUUAAAGCACCGAAUCAGAAAUACAGUGACCAGACUAUUAGCUGCUUCUUGAACUGGACCGUGGGGAAACUAAAAACGCAUCUAUCUAACGUGUACCCUAGCAAACCAUCGACGAAAGACCAGAGAUUGGUGUAUUCCGGUAGACUGCUUCCCGAUCAUCUGCAGCUAAAAGACGUUCUCAGAAAACAAGAUGAGUAUCAUAUGGUUCACCUAGUAUGUACUUCUCGGACUCCUCCCAGUUCUCCAAAAUCCAGCUCCAGUAGAGAAAGCUAUGAAGCAUUGGCAUCCAGCAACAGUUCUAGUUCAGAUCAUUCAGGAUCAACAACUCCAUCAACUGGUCAGGAAUCCUUGUCUUUAGCUGCCAGUUCUUCCUCAGAAGGAUUAAGGCAACGUACCCUUCCACAAGCACAGACUGACCCAGCACAGAGUCAUCCGUUCCCAUAUGUAAUGCAAGGCUCCCUAGGACCUGUUCUUCCCAUGGCGAAUGACAAGAACACAAGAGGGCAAGAUAACCAAAAUGUAGACAACCAGCUUCCUGGGCAAGCUUUUCCUCCUGGAUUCCCUAUGUAUCCUGCUUUCAGCCCACUGCAGAUGCUGUGGUGGCAACAGAUGUAUGCUCAUCAGUAUUAUAUGCAAUAUCAAGCCGCAGUUUCAGCUCAGGCCACAUCAAAUGCCAGCCCAGCCCAGCCUGCUGCUUCACAGCCGCUACAUUUGCCACAUGGUCCUGGAGAAGAGCCCCCACCAGCUCCAAACCUAGUUGCCCAAGAAAAUCGACCAAUGAAUGAGAAUGUUCAAAUGAAUGCACAGGGUGGUCCAGUGCUAAAUGAGGAAGACUUCAAUCGAGACUGGCUAGACUGGAUUUACACAUUCUCCCGAGCUGCAAUUCUCCUUAGCAUUGUGUACUUUUAUUCUUCUUUUAGUCGAUUUAUCAUGGUAAUGGGAGCCAUGCUACUGGUUUAUUUACACCAAGCUGGAUGGUUUCCUUUUAGGCAAGAAGGAGGUCAGCAACAGGCUCCCAAUAAUAAUGCUGAAGUUAACAAUGAUGGGCAAAAUGCACAAAACCUAGAACUUGAAGAAAUGGAACGACUUAUGGAUGAUGGACUUGAAGAUGAAAGUGGAGAAGAUGCAGGUGAAGAUGCCAAUGCAAUUCAAAGGCCUGGAUUAAUGGCAUCAGCUUGGUCUUUUAUCACCACCUUCUUUACUUCACUGAUACCAGAGGGACCUCCUCAGGUUGCCAAUUAGACCUGAAAAACUGUAUCAGCUACAAAGGGAGGGCCUGACUUUAGGAAAGUAUUUCAAAUAACAGUGCAUUUUCAAAAAAAUCUAUUACUUUCUUUUCAUCAUCAUGUACAGAGGUGUGUUUUUUCCUCUAAGCUUCUUAUGCAUAUGAAUAUUUUAAGCACAAUGGACUACUAAAUGUGUGAUUUUUUUUUGACAUCCUAACAGAACAGAGUAUAACAAUUUUGAUCUUCCAGGUUUUAUUAAUUUCAAUUAUGUGUAUUAUGUCAAGACAGACUUAUUUGUGUAUCUUAUUUCUUUAAAGAGCUGCUUCACAUAUAAAUGUCUGUAACUAGUAGCCCAGCCCUUCAAUGUGUAAUUUGAAUAAAUAUAUCUAUUUUCUGGGAAUUGUUCUAAAAGUUUGAAACAAAUGACCUCAUAGUUUUUAAUAAAGAACAUUAUUUACCUGAAAUGUGCUAGUAGCUUCUUGCCCAGCCAUAAAGCAAUAAAACUUCUCAGUAAUUUAAUUUUGACAUUUGAAUAAAUAAUGAAACUUUCUAUUCCAAGGGCAUAUAUCCCAUCAAUUGGAAUUAGUACGUAAAAAAAAAAAAAAAGGCAGCUCUUUAAUGGAAUUAAUAGAGAUAAAAUGUUUGAUACAGGAAGUACUUUUAUAAAAUAAGAAAUGCUGGAAAUCAUUUUCUGUAAUUUUUUUUAAAUAAAAGGUCAAUUAUGGUAAGCUGUCUUAUGGAAUAUU